AUGGGUUGGGAUAACUGCAAUGCCUACGGCUGCGACGUCUCGGAAAAUUUACUCCUAGGCACCGCUCGUCGGAUGGUCGAGCUCGGAAUGCGAGAUGCUGGUUAUUACUACGUUGUCCUAGACGACUGCUGGAGUUCGGGCCGCAGCAAUAACGGAACGUUACAGCCGGACACGACCAAGUUUCCGAAUGGGAUGAAACACGUUGCUGAUCAGAUCCAUGCCCUGGGGCUCGGGUUUGGGAUGUACAGCUCUGCUGGGACGUAUACGUGCGGGCAGUACGCUGGAAGUCUGGGAUACGAAACUGUGGAUGCGGAUACGUUUGCUGGGUGGGGUGUGGAUUAUCUAAAGUACGACAACUGCUACAACGAAGGCCAAUCCGGCAGCCCUAAUAUCUCCUACGAGCGCUACAACCGCAUGUCUGUAGCCCUAAACAACACAGGCCGUCAAAUGAUCUACGGAAAGUGCAACUGGGGCGAAGAUCAAACGUAUAAUUGGGCGAUCCAGCUGGCGAACUCGUAG